AUGCCUCAAAAAUCGAAAAGAAGAUCUCAAUCAACUCCAACUAUACAAAGUCGUUGGGCUAAGAAAAAUGUUGAUGAAUUAGAUGAUGCUUUUGUUCCGUAUAUCCCGACCGAUCUGCAUGACUCAAAUGAAAAUAAUAAAGAAAAGAAUUGUUUAAAGAACAAAAUGAGCGUUUUGGAUAUUGGAAACUUAUUUGAGGCAUUAUCGGAAGAGACUUCCAUUCGGCCGAUAUCUGUAUUAAUUUAUUUAUCAUUGGUCUAUUUCGGGAUACCUUGGCGAGAUAUUGAUUUAUUUUUAAAAGCGAUCGGUGGGCUCACUGCGAAGACUUGCAACAAAUGGAGUACAUAUAUAAUCGAACAAUACUUAGAAGAAUUUCUGCAAGACAACAGAGGUGGUAAACGCACCCACACCCUCAAAAGAAAUCAGCAAUUGGAAUCACCGUGUAAGAUUUGGUUGGAUUCAACGGUGUUGAAAAAUGUUGAAUUACGACAGCGACUUGAAAAGUUCAAUCAGAACGGUCGUGUAUUUGAAAAUGAACAACGAUGUGCACAUUUUAUCCAAUCAAAAUCGAAAUCUAAUCGACUCAUCUUAAUUAACAACGGGAGAUUAUUGAGAAAAUUUCAUUCAUUGUUCGGAGUUAAGGCUCAUCAAUGUCAACUGCCGAUUCGUGUUUACUGUUCACAGUUCAUGUGGAAAGAUGAAAUUGAAAUAUUAGAAAAGUCUUUAGGAGGUUCUUUUCAAUGA